GGUUUUGGCAUCCAUGUUGAAGCCGAUGGAUCCACGUAUGAAGGCCAGUGGAUUGAAGACAAGGCGCACGGCACAGGUCGUUUGGAACACAGCGAUGGCGCAACGUACGAUGGAAAUUGGCGGGGAAGCAUGAAGCAUGGUCAAGGAACCUAUGUACAUUCUGAUGGAUCCAAGUAUACCGGUGACUGGCUAAAUGAUUUGCAAUCCGGCAACGGCAGCGAAGAAUGGUCAGAUGGAGCUACCUAUUCUGGCCAAUAUUUGGCGGGUCGCAAGAACGGGAAAGGCAAGUACACCUGGCCAAAUGGUUCGUAUUUUGAGGGUCAAUUUGUGGACAAUGACAUCCACGGCUAUGGUGUAUACGUUUGGACAGAUGGCUGCAUCUACAAGGGCCAAUGGGCGAAGCAGCAGAUGGACGGUGAGGGCAUUUUUGAAUACCCCGAUGGUAGGAAGUACGAAGGCAACUACGUGAAAAGCCAAAAACAUGGCCAAGGGAGGUUGUCUUGGCCCGAUGGACGCUUGUACGAGGGUGAAUUUGCUCUUGGCGAAAUGCAUGGGCACGGCAUCAUGACGGAGACAGAUGGUACCAAGAAGGCCACGGCCAUGGCGGCCACUGGUGGCCUCGCGAUUUUAGUCGAUGAGAAACGCGUCAACGAGUUGCUACAACAGAAGAGUGGCAUCAAGGCCUUGCUGAGGUCGGCCUUCAACACCAUUCUGUUCGUUUGCUUCCUACUGCUCUUUACCUCGCUAGCACUCAGUGAGCCGCGCAACAAAAUGAGAGCUUUUGAAGGUUUCCUGCGGAAACGUUUCGAUGAAGCUUCACCAGUUCGAUUGGAGGAGGUUCAGUCCGUGGAUGGCUUCUGGAGAUAUUUCAACGAAUCAUUCAAGCCAGCAAUUUAUGGUGAAGACACCGCAAGAUACUUCUUUCCAGGAGCUGUGGUGCCAACUUGGCUUCAGGUGCUUGGCCCAAACUACAUGUACGGCAUGGGCAGGAUGCGCAUUCUCAACAUUCUGCCGGAUUCGGAUUGCAGGGUUGGAGAGCAAUACCGGAGUUAUUUUCCAACUUGCUAUGGUCCAUUCAAUCUCGAUGCUGUUGAUCGAGAACCAUUUGGACCUCCCAACGACGAGGGCGUUCCAACCUAUCAGUUUUCAGCAGAAGCGAAUGGCGAGAACUAUGAAGGGUGGCUUGCUUCCUACCCUCCGGGAGGCUACAUGGAGAUGUUGACCCCAGAUUAUCCAAAAACGAACGACAAGUUCCUAGCCAUGAAGCAGAACGGUUUUAUCAGCGAGAAGACCCGAGCAAUCUUUUUG